AUGGCGACCGAGGCAAGCGCAGACAGUGCCUUUUGGCCGCCACUUCGAAGGAUCUACGAUGUCACGCUCAAAUUCGAGGAAACGAUAACCAACAUUGUUCCCUCUGCUGCGAUUGCACUAUUGUCACCUGUGAUUCUUUUUCACUAUGUCAAACAGCCGGUCUACGUUCGACAAAGUCCGUUACUAUGGAUCAAGCUCUCCGUCUCCCUCGCUCUAGUUGGUGUCGAAUUGACAAGCUUGGCACUUCGUGCUAUUUACACUGAACUGCGUACCGAAACCACUCUGCCUGCGGCUUCCCUCGACCUUGUUGCUGCUGUAACAAUCGCCGUUGUUCUCUUUGUCGAACAUCGCCACGCCAUUCGCGCGUCGGCACUUUUGAGCCUCUACCUACUGCUUGGAGUCUUUACAGAUGCUAUGAAGAGUCGCUCCUUCUUCAUUCGGUCUCAUCUUACUACUGUCGGCGCUCUUGCCGCCGCUGCUUCUGCCAUCCGGUUCAUUCUCGUUCUACUUGAGGAAAUACCCAAAACAAGAUGGCUGGUCGACCAACGCUUACGAGACAGUAUUGGAGCCGAGGCUACCAGUGGUUAUUUAAGCAGAACUUUUUUCGUCUUUCUCAAUCCGCUGUUUCUAAGUGGCUAUCGAACUUUGCUGGUGAUGGAAAAUUUGAGCAACUUAGGGCCAUCGUUCUCGUCUGAGCGACUAUACCACCAACUUCAAGCCUAUUGGAACAAGGCGCAAAACCAUUCAAAGAGCAACCUGACGAUGGUAUGCUUCAAAGCUUGGAAAUCUCUCUUUCUCGCGGCCUUCCUCCCUCGCUUAUGUGUAUCUGGUUUCUCCUUCGCACAGCCUCUCCUUCUCUACCUGGUGAUAGAAGCUGUUGGAAACCCAAAAGUAUCUACACAGGAGAAAUGGCUUCUGGUCGGCGCGACUGCUCUAUCUUUCGUCGGCUGUGCCGUGGCUAGGAUGACCUCGGCACACAUGAACAACCGUCAAGCAACCCGUAUGCGUGGUGGUCUGAUUGCGUUGAUAUUCGACAAGAAUCUUCGGAUAUCUCAGUCUGAGGCUAAGAAGUUUGCCGCUGUUACUCUUAUGAGUAAUGAUGUUGAUGGUAUCGCUCGUGGUUUAUCGCGAUGCUAUGACGUUAUUGUAACCUUCAUUGAAGUUGGCUUUGGCAUUUUCCUACUAUCACUUUUCGUGGGACGCUCUUGUUUUGUUGUGUUGGUGCCUUUGACUCUGUCAACUAUCGGCGCUUACUUCUUCGGCAAAUGGAUCGCUGUCAGGUUCACAGCCUGGAAUGUUAGUAUCCAGUCCAGAGUGGCAAAGACUUCAAAGGUACUAGGUCAGAUCAAAGCGAUUAAAAUGUUCGGCCUUGGUCCUACCAUUAGCCUAUAUCUCCAACGGCUCCGUGUUGCAGAGAUCAAUAUCUCCAAGAAAUAUCGUGGACUGGAGGCAGCGUCGUCUGUGCCUAUCGUUUGCGCUGAGCUCAUAACUCCUGUCAUUGUCGUCGCCGCUGCCUUAUUCUGGAAGAGUUUUGAUGGAGGGUUAUCCGCUUCUGCGGUCUUUCCUAGCCUAUCUCUCAUCGUUCUUAUCAAGGACCCCCUUGCAGUUCUCUUACACUCUUAUCCAUCUCUCACAACCAUGGUUGGUUGCUUUCACCGAGUUGAGAACUUCCUUCGCCUGGAGGAGAGACGAGACCCAAGAACAAUCAGACGAGAUUUUGACGCCGUGGAUGGAGAAGCAUCCCUGCAAUCAGCUGGGGCCCAAGAGCUGCCGAUGGUGGUGUUUAACAAAGCCAAGGUCGGACCUCUUGGGACGAAGAUACCUAUUUUGCGGGAUCUGAACUUCGCUCUUGACCCCGGAUCAAUGACAGGAGUAGCAGGGCCCAAUGGCGCUGGAAAGUCUUUACUUCUUCAAAGUAUUCUUGGAGAAAGUGAGCUGAUAGAUGGCACUAUCGAACUUGGACAAUCAUCCGUUGCAUUCUGCGCACAAAUGGUAUGGCUACAGAACACCUCGAUAAAGAACAACAUUAUCGGGCCACGUUCCUUCGACGAAAGACUCUUCCGAAGAGUUGUGGAAUGCUGUCUUUUGGAAGAAGACCUUGCAACCCUGGCUGGUGGUACUGAAUACAUCGUUGGAAGCGGUGGAUGUAAGCUAAGUGGUGGUCAACGCCAGCGCGUGGGGAUUGCUCGAGCAUUAUACGCGCAAUUGUCCAUCAUAGUAUUGGAUGAUGUGUUUAGCUCGCUGGAUCGCAGGACUGCUAUUUCUAUACUCUUUCGUCUCUGUGGUGAGGAUGGCCUUCUGAAAGAGCUGAACUCUACUGUGAUUAUUUCAACAUUUUUCCCUGAAUGCCUCGAUGUUGUUGACCAGGUGAUUGUCCUUGACGGCAACGGACAUGCACAGCUUGAAACGAAUGUGAACGAUGAGCAGACUCGUCGCAAGAUUCUCCGUGCUUUCAACACACCUGCAAGUCUCAGGUCCGAAGACCAGGAGACAAAAGAACAGGAAGACAUCCGCCGAUCACUGGAGAACCAACCUCCGACAAUGACGGAAGCUGAGCGUUACAAGUCUACUCGCCAUUUCGGCGACUGGAGCCUUUAUGGCCUAUUUCUUGGCCCUGUUGGAAAGCUCAAAUUAUUUUCCUGGCUACUGCUGAUGUUUUCAGCCUCUUCUGGGGAGGCAUUGCCCGAUAUUUACAUAAGAGCUUGGAUCGAACGCUAUGCAAACAACAAAUUCUAUUUCAUCGGAUAUGCUGCGAUCGCCGUCACCACCUGCUUUCUUUUUGGCAUAUGUGGUGCUAUACUGUUUGUCGGCUUCAUUCCUCUAUCAGCCAAUGGCUUGCAUCAGCAAGUGGUUGACACAGUUUUAAAGGCAACUAUUGGCUUCUUAGGGUCGACUGAUAAUGGUGUUAUUUUGAACCGAUUCAGUCAAGAUAUGUCUCUAGUCGCUCAAAGGCUACCGCUCUUUUUUGUUCGAACUGUCUCGGUGUUUUUCCAGGCUACCAUUCAGACCGGCGUUAUUGCCUCAGGCGCAUCAUACAUGGCGGUCGGUCUUCCGUUCAUUGCGCUGGCUGUCUUUCUAAUACAACGGUUCUAUCUCCGCACCUCUCGACAGGUUCGCGCGCUAGACCUAGAAGCAAAAUCGCCACUUUACACUCACUUCCAAGAGACGGCUGAAGGCCUACUACACAUUCGAGCCUUUGGUUGGGAGCAAAGGAAUUUACACAACGCAUUCAUACUGCUAGACACCUCCCAGAAGGCAUAUUACUACCAGUACUGCAUCCAGCAAUGGCUCGGGAUAGUCUUAGGACUACUUGUCGCGGCUGUCGCUACUAUCUUAGUGUCCUUUUCGCUUUUCUUGAGUGACUCCAGCUCAAAAACUGCAAUUGGGCUUUCGUUCCUCAAUUUGAUACUCUUCGCAAAAACUCUAGAAGCCCUCGUUACAGCAUGGACAGGAAUGGAAACAUGCAUCACGGCACUAGAACGUUUGCGCGAGUUCAUGGAGGAAACCCCACAGGAACAAAGCGAGGAUUUGGUCGAGGUUCCUGAGAAUUGGCCUUCCAUGGGAAACAUCGAGCUGUCUAAUGUGUCUGCUCAGUACAGAGACGACAAACAAGAGAAGAAGAUCCUCAAAAAUAUCUCCCUUUCUAUUGAAGCAGGGCAGAAAGUCGGCAUCAUCGGGCGCACUGGAAGUGGUAAGAGCUCGCUUUUUCUUACUCUUCUCGGAUUCCUCAAGUACGAGGGCAUAAUAAGGAUCGAUGGGAUAGACAUAUCCUCUAUCUCUUUAGAUGUGUUACGGUCCCGAAUUGUGACUAUUUCGCAGGAUCAGAUCAAACUAGACGCUACCAUUCGAACGAACCUUCUACCAUUUACCCUCAACAAUUUACCCCUAGAGCAUGAUGAAAAGCAAAGGGAGCAAGUCGAGAGAAAGGAUAUAAUACUUCAAGAACUACUUAUUCGGCUCGGAAUUUGGUCGCAGCUCAAGGACAAGGGUGGACUUGAUGCUAAUUUAGAAGACGUGGGAUAUUCUCAUGGCGAAAUGCAGCUAUUCUGCUUAGCCCGUGCUGUCUUACGGUACGAGGACACUAGCAGUAAAGUUGUUCUGAUUGAUGAGGCAACGAGUAGCGUGGAGUACGAGAGAGAAAAAGUCGCCCAGAGUGUCAUGAGAGAGUACUUCCAGCAUUGUACGACACUAGUGAUUGGGCACAGAAGGUCAAGCAUCAGAGGCGUCGACUACACAGUGGAGUUGUCGCAGGGCGAAGUUGCACAUGUUGACCCAACGGCACCCGACUCGGAUGACGGCGGGCCUGGCCGUAGGUCGCCAUAA